AUGGCGCCUCAGCCUCCUCCUCCUCCUCCGCCGCCUCCCGCGCCCCUCCAGUCGUUGGGCUGCUGCGGCCCGUGGGAGAUGCGGGAGCGUCUCGGAACGGGAGGCUUCGGCAACGUCAUCCGCUGGCACCACAAGGAUACUGGGGAGCAAAUUGCCAUUAAACAGUGCCGCCAGGAGCUCAGUCCUCGCAACAGAGAAAGAUGGUGUCUGGAAAUACAGAUAAUGAAACGACUAAAUCACCCCAAUGUGGUGGCUGCCCGUGAUGUCCCAGAAGGGAUGCAGAACCUUACCCCUAACGACUUGCCCCUGUUGGCUAUGGAGUACUGCCAAGGAGGAGAUCUUAGAAGAUAUCUAAACCAGCUUGAUAAUUGCUGUGGCCUGCAGGAAAAAGCUAUCCUCAUCUUGCUGUCCGACAUUGCUUCUGCUCUCAGAUACCUUCAUGAGAACAGAAUCAUCCACAGAGACUUGAAACCAGAGAACAUUGUUCUGCAACAAGGAAAUGGGAGGCUAAUACACAAGAUCAUUGAUUUGGGAUAUGCCAAAGAGCUGGAUCAAGGCAGCCUUUGCACUUCUUUUGUUGGUACACUGCAGUACCUGGCACCAGAACUGCUGGAACAGCUGAAGUACACGGUGACGGUCGAUUAUUGGAGCUUUGGCACACUGACGUUCGAGUGCAUAACAGGCUUUCGACCUUUUCUGCCCAAUUGGCAACCAGUGCAGUGGCAUACAAAAGUGAGGCAGAAAAGUGAACUGGAUAUUGUUGUCUAUGAAGAUUUGACUGGAGAAGUGAAGUUUUCUAGCAAAUUGCCACAGCCCAAUAAUCUGAACUGUGUGUUGGCCGGUCGACUGGAGAAAUGGCUACAGAUGAUGCUCAAGUGGAACCCCCGGCAGAGAGGCACCGACCCCACUUAUGGCCCCAAUGGCUGCUUCAAGGCCUUGGAUGACAUCCUGAAUAUUAAACUAGUUCAUAUCCUCAAUAUGGUAACGGGCGUCAUUCACGUGUAUUGUCUGGCAGAGGAAGAGACCUUGCAGAAUGUGAAAGCCAGGAUCCAGGCCGAUACUGGCAUCCCAGAGCAGGACCAAGAGUUGCUGCAAGAAGGGGGGUUAGCCUUGUUUCCUGAGAAACCAGACAUUCAGUAUCUUGCUGACAGCAAGCUAAAUGAUGUUGCAGCUACUGAUGCAGACCUCUUCUUCCUAUUUGACAACAGAAAAGACACCUAUGAGCCUCAGAUCUCUCUGCGUCCUCAUCCAGAAAGCAUUAACUACAUUCUUCAGGAUCCAAAGAAAAGCCUCUCUUUCUUCCAACUGCGCAAGGUGUGGGGUCAAGUCUGGCAUUCGAUCCAGAAGCUGAAUCGCGACUUUAACCAACUUCAGCAUGGUCAGCGAGCAGCCAUGAGGAACUUGCUGCGGCAUAACAGCACCCUUUCCAAGAUGAAGAACUCGAUGGCUUCCCUGUCCCAGCAGCUGAAGGCAAAGCUGGACUUCUUCAAAACCAGCAUCCAGAUUGACUUGGAGAAGUACAACGAGCAAACCGAGUUUGGAAUCACCUCUGAGAAACUGCUGCUUGCCUGGAAGGAGAUGGAGCAAGACGUGGAACUCCGUGGGCAAGAGGAGGAAGUUGAGCAGCUGGUGAAGAAGACAAUGGCUCUGCAGACAGAGAUUGUGGACCUGCAGAGAAUCCCACAGGGCCGCAAACAAGGGAACUCCUUGGAUGAUCUGGAGGAGCAAGCCAAGGACCUGUAUCGAAGACUGAGGGAAAAGCCAAGAGAUCAAAGGACUAGUGGAGACUGCCAGGACGUGGUACGGCUGCUGUUGCAGGCAAUCCAGACCUUUGAAAAGAAAGUUUGCCUUCUUUAUGCGCAGCUCAGCAAUACAGUCGUGUGCAAACAAAAGGCACUGAAAUUGUUUCCUAAAGUGGACGAGGUGAUGCGUCUGAUGAAUGAAGAUGAGAAAAAGGUUAUCGGGCUCCAGGAGAAACGGCAGAAAGAGCUGUGGAACUUGCUGAAAAUUGCCUGUAGUAAGGUGCGUGGUCCUGUCAGUGGCAGCCCAGACAGCAUGAACACAUCACGCCUUAGUAACCCUGGUCAGCUGUCCUUGCAGGGCUCAGCCCCCAAUGGCAAUUUACAAGAACCUGUGCUUAAAAGUGAGGUGCUGUUGAUGGAAUCUCAAAGCCUCUGCAGCCAGCUAGAGAACGUGAUGCUUGACACAAUGAAGGAUCAAGACCACAGCUUUAUGGCUUUGGACUGGAGUUGGUUGAAACUUCAAGCGGAAGAACGAGAUAACCCAGAACAAACUCAGAUGUGAAAAACAUUCAA